GACGGGGAUUAGGUAGCUUAGGCGCUCUCUGAUGCUCGAGGCAAACCCGAAAUGGAAAAUCCGGACGUGGUCGAGCAUUUCUACGGUGUUUACCUUCUUUACUGUACCAACCCGAAGUACAAGGGCAGAAUUUAUAUCGGUUACACCGUAGAUCCGAACCGCCGAAUCAAACAGCAUAACGCGGGAAAACAGUUCGGCGGUGCUUGGCGGACCAGCAACAAGGGACCGUGGACGAUGGUGAUGAUUAUCCAUGGAUUUCCCAACGACAUUUCAGCUCUCCGGUUCGAGUGGGCUUGGCAGCACCCGGAUAUCAGUCGACGAUUGAGGCACGUCCCGCGUAAAAAAUCGGGUCAAAAUAGUUUCGACUACCACUUGAUGGUGCUUGGAGAAAUGCUGAGAGUCGGACCUUGGUCUCGACUGCCGUUGACCAUUCGUUGGCUGGCGCCCCAUUUAGCGAAGGAUUUCCCAGCCGAGCGAUGCCCGCCGAUGCACAUGCCUCUGGUGUACGGCAAAGUGAUCCCAAAGAAGGUGAAGCCAAGCGAGGGCGGAUCAAAGAACAGGAAUAAAGACGCUUCGCUUCCGGAGGACCCGGAGGAUUCCGGAAGUGCAGGGGGGCUGCUUUGUUCGCUCUGCAAGAACCUGUUGGAGCCAGACGAAAAGCUGACUUGCGUUAACCCGGCGUGCACGCUGGUGAGUCACUUGGUUUGCCUGGCGAAGAGGUUCAGGAAGAACGGGAUGAUUUUACCGGUAGAAGGGACGUGUCCUGCCUGCCGGAUCAACAUUCUAUGGGGAGAUUUGAUCAGGAAGAUGAAAGGCUGCUACCAAGACUUGGCCGAGGCGGCAUACGCCGAAAGCGAUUCCGAUAUCAGUGAUUUUUGACACGUAAUUAGACAUAGGUAUAAUCUUCUCACCCUCGGAUGGUUCGUUGCACGUUAAAUAUUUUAGUUAAUAUUCAUACUUUCGGUUUGUUCAACGAGCCUGCGAGGACUUUCGUGCGAAAAGAAUAGUCGCCGGCUGAAUGAUAUUUUGAAGAAUCGUAAUUCAUAUCAAAAUCGUAUCCAUGCAUUUGUGAGAAAAAUUUCGUUGUUUCUAUUCUGAUACAAUUUUAUACGUAUUUUCAUAGGGAAUUUGUAUAUAUGCUGUAAUGUGGGUAGAACUACAGUUUUAAUUG